UCAGUCACAGAACCUAACACUGACAUUUUACACAUAUUUUUGGACAUUGACAAUGAUUAAAAUUAGGAUACGUGCAAUAGUGGGAGUAAUGAUAUUUCUUGGGUACUUUUUGAUCUAUGUUGUCCGUAAUAAUUUGAGUGUUCAUAUAGUCGAUAUGGCACAAGUGAUGCUGAGAGAUGACGAUCUUCUGGAUAUAGAGAGUGUUGCGAAAAGGCGUUCGGCGAAGAGGACUGGGAUGAUGGACUUACUUAAUUGGGAUGACACUAAAGUUGGUAAAUUAUUCUCAGCCUAUCACAUAGGCUAUUGCAUUUGCUUCCCCAUCUUCCAUAGCUUUGGAGAUAAAUUGGGACCCACAUGGGUGGUGGGUAUUGCUGGCUUGUUAUCCGGAGUGUUAAGCUGCCUAGCACCAGCCUCCGCUUACUAUCACUUUUGGCUGCUAUUUUUGGUACGAAUUAUAAAGGGAUUUUGUGCUGGCGCUAUGCAGCCAAGCAUGGUGCAAGUACUGAGGCAUUGGGUGCCACCAAUUGAAAGAAACCACUUUAUGUGGGCAUAUUGUGGUAUUACCACAGGAACUUUCUGCACGUUUCUUAUGUGCGCCGCAGUGCACUACUACUCUCGAUGGCCAGUAGGAUUCUUCAUAACCGGCGGGGUGCAAAUCAUCUGGUCAAUUACGUGGGUCCUUAUUGUUACCGAUAGUCCUAAGCAACAUCCUUACAUAUCUAAUGAUGAAGUGACGUAUUUAACUAACACUAUUGGCAACAUAUUUCCGAUUAAAAUGACUAACUCUCAAGCUCCUUGGAACUUGAUUGUGAGAUCUGCAUCAUUUUGGACACUCUGCAUACUUAAUUUUGGAUACUCGUGGAUGAUAAUCUCGCUUUGUCUUUUUGGUCCACUAUACUACUCAAAGGUCUCCAAAUUCAGCAUUUACACUGCAUCAGCACUUACAGCCCUUCCGUUUUUCUUACGUUUAGUGUUGGGCACAAUCCUUAUUCAAACUUUUCAAAAGUACAAACACAGGCCUCGAGUAAGAAGGAUUAACCACUUAAGAAAAUAUUUUAUUGUUGUCUCUCAUGUGAUCCCAGGACUUUUGAUAUGUGUUUCGUGGAUGCUGCCAAUAAUACCGGGUCCUCUUCUACUAACUAUAGCAGUGGCAUUGACCGCUGCGGGAAUGGACCUUACAUUGGACCUGUGUUAUGAGCUUUCACCGACGUUUGUAAACUCACUUAACACUGUUAUCAAAAUAAUUGGGAACACAUCGGGUAUAAUAGUUUCCCUAUGUGUUGGACAAGUAACAUACAGAUUUAGCAACCUACCUAUCGUCUGGAAGCAUAUUUGGUGUUUUCACGCCCUAAUAUUAUUACUGAGUGGACUUAUAUUUUUAAUAUGGGGAGAAACUCACAUACAACCAUGGAAUGAAACUCGAAGAGUGCGUCGAAAUAUAGGCUCGCGAAAAUAUACGAUCAACCCUUUACCGUCAAUAUUGUCCAACAUAUCUGAAGAAGGCAGUAUCAGAUCAUCAAUGUUAAAGAUUCCAUCACAAAAUUAAAAUUAAUACUCCGAUUUACUUACAUGGUUUGAAAGUUUCUUUUAGCUUAGAUAUUUUGUAAUAGGUAGGAAAAUUAUUUUGAAGAUCAAUUAAGAUAUUGUAAUUUAACUUA